AUGGUAGGGGAUCCAGCUCGGUCGCUGAUGAGCCAGAUGUGCCAAGUCGCGACAGUAGCAGAAUUCCGAACCUCUCGGACAGUGCGGCGACUAACCAAGGCAGCAAGGUUUCGAGGCCGGCGUGGACCUGUUGAUCGACGUGCGUUUUUGUCGCGUCCUAGGCAUCUAGACGACCCUCGUAGUAAGCGAGUCGUGGCGCUGCCAAGAAGCUGUGACGAGACGACUCUGCACGGAUAUCAACAGCGACGAGCUCUCCAAACGCAGUUAUCAGCACUGAACAAAACUCCGGGAGUGGCAGCUCUGUGCGAGCUAUCGGGAGCAACAGCAGCAGGAUAA